AUGGAGUACAGGGUACUGAGCGACCGAAAGUUGACACUAACAACGAUUGGAGGAAUCCUGGAUUUGUACUUCUUCGUUGGGUCGACUCCGGAACACGUGGUUCAGCUAUAUCACAAAUUAGUUGGAUAUCCGUUCUUUGCACCGUACUGGGCAUUGGGUCAUCAACACUGGGCCAGAAACUUGGCUACGCUGUCCGACCUCAAGUCAGCUUUGAAAAAGCUUCAAGAUGCUGAUAUCCCUAACGAAGCAGUUCAUGUCGACGUUGCCGAAAACUUCAAGGCUUUCACUCUAAAACAUGACUUCGCCGGCAUCCAAGAAGUCAGGAAAUUGGGAACACGAGUGGUGCUCUUCAUGAAUCCUGCCAUCAGUACGGGUAAUAAUUCAGAUUAUCUUCCAUACGAGGAUGGGCUUAAGGACGACGUAUUUAUCAAGAAAGGUUACGGCUUGCUCGUCUCUGAGAAGGAGGAAGUCCUCGUGGGAAAAGGACUUCCGGCAGGAACGUCGGUGUUUCCCGAUUUCUUGAAAAAUUCCACGCAGGCAUGGUGGAAGAGACACAUGAUGGAAUUUAUAUCCAACGCGACAGACUUUGACGGACUAUCUUUGGAACUGAACGAACCAGCAGAACUGAGCGCCCUAGUGAAAACAAGCGGAGCCUCUUGCGAAAAUACGGAAGAAGAAGGUUGCCAACCGCUCUUGUGCCCGACAAGCCGCUGGGACGACCCGCCAUACGUUUCGCUGGCCGUGACAAAGUUUUCCAACGGUUCCCGACUGCACGUGGACACAUUGUGUAUGAGUUCAGCGCAGGGGGAAAGGAGGAUGUACAGGCACUACGACGUGCAUAACAUCUACGGUUGGAGCCACAGCUAUGCCACUAGAAGGGCUUUAGACGAACUUGGAAGGGCGCGGAAAAUCAUCUUGUCCAGUUCAACGUUCCCGUCCAGCGGACGCGACACGGGUCAUGUGAUCAACUUGGCCGACAACUCGGAUUGGGGCGAACUGAAACGUGCCAUUGUCGGUGUUAUAGAGUUCAACAUGUUUGGCAUCCCAUACGUGGGAGUCAACGCUUGCACCGAGGGAAUGUCGGAUCAACUUUGUAGUCGGUGGACUGAGCUGACAGCAUUCUUCCCGCUAAGCUUGAGCUCCAGGCUGCAUAAAUACAAUACAGAAGCGCCUAGGCUGUCGUCGUCUGCUGGAUACGCACUGUCACUCCGCUAUCAACUGUUAGCGUAUCUCUACACCUGUUACUGCAAGAUCAGUACGGAGGGUGGUACACUCAUUCGACCACUGUCCUUUGAGUUCCCUCUGGAUCGCGAAACGUACGGUAUCAGUGAGCAGUUUAUGAUCGGGCCUGCCGUGCUUAUCUCACCUAUUCUUGAACCGAACGCAACGACUCAUAAAUACUACCUGCCUGUGGAUCAGUGGUACGAAUACUCUACGUCGCGACACGUCGAAGGCUCCGUAGAGUCGACGAGUCGAGAGGUCGACGAAAAUUCCACGGUGCUGGUGCACAUGAGGGCGGGUCACGUGGUACCUCUGCAGCCGACCCUCGCAAGAUCCCACGAUCGGUUUAAGGCUGUCUAUCAUCUGCACGUUUAUCCCAAGGCGGAGUUUGCUCGAGGGGAGCUUUUUAUCGACGACGGCUUUUCGCGAGGCACGAUAGAAAAUCACAUAUACGACCGGUACAGUUUCAUAUUUGCCCAGAACGUCCUACGAAUCUCCGUCACCCAUUUGAGCAAAGGAGAGAGGCACAAAGCGAGCGUGAAAAAUGUGCUCUUUCACAAUAUUCCCCUCUCUCCCACGAGAGUGACGUACCACAAUCAAGUCCUGCAUCCUCAAGCGAUCCAAUACGACAAAGACAAAAAGACACUGCAGGUGUCCGUAGACCUUCCUCUUCACAGCUCGCUAGACAGUCAGAACACGGAAGUUGUCAUUCAAGUCUACGGCGUUCCCGGAAGAGAGACGUGA